AUGGUCGUCUGCGUCAGCCACUUCGCCGUCGUCACCUGCUUCGCGUUCUGCUCCGUGACGACGCUCAUCGCUAUCAACGUCGACCGCUACGUGUCCGUGUCACGUCCGCUGCGCUACCAUCAGGUCAUGACCCCGCGCGUCGUCGCCGUCAUGAUCGCACUCAGCUGGAGCGUCGCCGGCGUCGUUGGCGUCGUCAGCCUUGUCGAGAACAGCUGGUCCCCCGACAAGCCGUGUCUGUAUGACGUCAUCAGCGGCAAGGCGACGCUGCUGCUCGACGCCGUCUUCGUCGCUAUCUGCGGCGUCGCCAUCGUCGUCAUCUACGCGUACAUGAUGCUCGUCGCCAGGCGACACCGUCGGUGCAUCCAGCCGCUGCCGCCGACGACGACGAGCAACGGUUCCUCGCAGCCGACGGAGCUCCCGGAGGAGCUUCGCUCCAUCUUCGAGGCGCUCGCCAGGAAUCUGAAGCUGGCGUAG